GGCAGUUCGACCUUCCUCCCGCCGCCGUGUUAGAUUGAGCUAGAGGCGCGGGGAAGAACUGGGGAAACUGGAAUUUCCCUCGGAGCUGACGGCGUUUGCUCUCCCCCUACUCGUUUUAAUUCCACGCGCUCCAAAAUAUACGCCAUGGAGAAAUCUUGGCCAUGAUGUCCAUUCUAGGCCCACUGGUGCUCUUCUGCUGAAGGUUGGCUCAGGCAUUUACAGGGACUGUGGCAAGGAAGGGUGUGACGCAGGUCUAUCAGCUGUCAUCAUCAUGAACUUUGAGGGUCUGGACCCUGGACUGGCAGAGUAUGCCCCGGCUAUGCAUUCUGCCUUGGACCCUGUCCUGGAUGCCCACCUGAAUCCAAGUCUGCUACAGAAUGUGGAGUUGGACCCAGAGGGAGUGGCCUUGGAGGCUCUUCCCGUGCAGGAAUCAGUGCACAUAAUGGAAGGUGUCUACUCUGAAUUGCACAGCGUCGUAGCUGAAGUGGGUGUGCCUGUGUCUGUCUCCCACUUUGACUUACAUGAAGAGAUGCUGUGGGUGGGGAGCCAUGGGGGUCAUGCCACUUCAUUUUUUGGCCCAGCCUUGGAGCGCUACUCAUCUUUUCAGGUCAAUGGUAGUGAUGACAUUCGACAAAUCCAGAGCCUAGAAAAUGGUAUCCUUUUUCUCACCAAGAAUAACCUCAAAUAUAUGGCCCGUGGGGGUCUCAUUAUAUUUGAUUAUUUACUGGAUGAGAGUGAGGAUAUGCACAGUCUCCUGCUGACAGACAGCAGCACUCUACUCGUUGGUGGGCUUCAGAACCACAUUUUAGAGAUUGAUCUAAACACUGUCCAGGAGACUCAAAAGUAUGCAGUCGAGAUACCUGGAGUCACCAUUAUGAGGCAGACAAAUCGCUUCUUCUUCUGUGGUCACACAUCUGGCAAGGUUUCCCUGAGAGACCUCCGUAGUUUUAAGGUGGAGCAUGAAUUUGAUGCCUUCUCAGGGAGUCUGUCAGAUUUUGACGUGCAUGGCAACCUGUUGGCUGCCUGUGGCUUUUCUAGCCGCCUCACUGGCCUGGCCUGUGACCGUUUCCUCAAGGUGUAUGAUCUGCGCAUGAUGCGUGCCAUCACACCACUUCAAGUACAUGUGGAUCCUGCCUUCUUGCGCUUCAUCCCUACAUAUACUUCUCGUCUUGCUAUCAUCUCUCAGUCAGGGCAGUGCCAGUUUUGUGAGCCCACAGGCCUGGCCAACCCAGCAGACAUCUUUCAUGUGAAUCCUGUGGGACCUCUGCUAAUGACAUUUGAUGUGUCAGCCAGCAAGCAAGCACUUGCCUUUGGGGAUUCUGAGGGCUGUGUGCACCUCUGGACUGAUUCCCCAGAGCCUUCCUUCAACCCCUAUUCACGGGAGACUGAAUUUGCUUUGCCCUGUCUGGUGGACUCAUUACCUCCUCUGGACUGGAGCCAGGACCUGCUGCCUCUUUCCCUCAUCCCUGUUCCACUCACAACGGACACACUUCUCUCUGAUUGGCCUGCUGCCAACUCAGCUCCAGCUCCCAGGCGAGCCCCACCUGUCGAUGCAGAGAUUCUGCGCACCAUGAAGAAAGUGGGCUUCAUUGGCUAUGCACCCAACCCCCGCACCAGGCUGCGUAAUCAGAUUCCUUACCGACUUAAGGAGUUGGAUAGUGAAUUUGAUAGCUUCAGCCAGGUCACUGAGUCACCGAUAGGACGGGAAGAGGAGCCACAUCUCCACAUGGUUUCAAAGAAAUACCGCAAGGUAACCAUCAAAUAUUCCAAGCUAGGGCUUGAAGACUUUGACUUCAAACACUACAAUAAGACCCUUUUUGCUGGAUUAGAGCCUCACAUCCCCAAUGCCUACUGUAACUGCAUGAUUCAGGUGCUCUAUUUCCUGGAGCCUGUUCGCUGUCUAAUUCAGAACCAUCUCUGCCAGAAGGAGUUCUGUCUGGCAUGUGAACUGGGCUUCCUCUUCCAUAUGUUGGACCUCUCUCGUGGUGAUCCUUGCCAGGGCAGUAAUUUUCUUCGGGCAUUCCGUACCAUUCCUGAGGCCUCAGCCCUUGGUCUGAUCCUAGCUGACUCAGAUGAGGCUUCAGGCAAGGGCAAUCUGGCUAGGCUCAUUCAGAGGUGGAAUCGCUUCAUUCUCACUCAACUGCAUCAGGAUAUGCAGGAGCUUGAAGUACCCCAGGCAUAUCGAGGUGCUGGAGGCAGCAGCUUUUGUUCAUCGGGGGACUCUGUUAUUGGGCAACUGUUCAGCUGUGAGAUGGAGAACUGCAGCCUUUGUCGCUGUGGCAGUGAGACCGUGCGAGCUUCAUCCACUCUGCUUUUCACACUCUCCUACCCUGAGGGUAGCAACUGUGAUAAAACCGGGAAGAAUUAUGACUUUGCUCAGGUGCUGAAGCGAAGCAUCUGCCUGGAGCAGAAUACACAGGCCUGGUGUGACAACUGUGAGAAGUACCAGCCCACGAUUCAGACCCGCAAUAUCUGCCAUCUGCCAGAUAUUCUUGUUAUUAACUGUGAAGUGAACAGCUCAAAAGAGGCUGAUUUCUGGAGAAUGCAGGCUGAGGUUGCCUUCAAGAUGGCAGUAAAGAAACAUGGUGGGGAAAUCUCCAAGAACAAGGAAUUUUCUUUGGCUGAUCGGAAAGAACUAGGGAGUCCAGAGGGUGUGCUGUUGUGUCCCUCCAUUGAGGAGUUGAAGAACGUCUGGCUUCCUUUUUCCAUUCGCAUGAAGAUGACCAAGAACAAAGGGCUGGAUGUUUGCAAUUGGACUGAAGUGCAGUGGGGCCCAGCCAGGGCAGAGGAGGAGCAUGGUGUCUAUGUGUAUGACUUGAUGGCUACUGUGGUACACAUCCUGGACUCACGCACAGGGGGCAGCCUGGUGGCUCACAUCAAAGUUGGAGAGACCUACCACCAGCGCAAGGAGGGCGUUACUCAUCAGCAAUGGUAUCUCUUCAAUGACUUCCUUAUUGAACCUAUUGAUAAGUAUGAAGCAGUGCAAUUUGACAUGAAUUGGAAAGUACCUGCUAUCCUUUAUUAUAUCAAAAGGAAUCUCAAUUCCAGAUACAACCUGAAUAUCAAGAACCCUAUUGAGGCUAGUGUGCUGUUGGCUGAAGCCUCACUGGCACGGAAGCAACGGAAAACACAUACUACCUUUAUUCCACUGAUGCUGAAUGAAAUGCCACAGGUUGGGGACCUGGUAGGCCUUGAUGCUGAGUUUGUCACCCUAAACGAGGAAGAAGCAGAGUUACGCAGUGAUGGUACCAAGUCUACCAUUAAACCAAGUCAGAUGUCAGUAGCAAGGAUCACUUGUGUUCGGGGCCAAGGGCCCAAUGAGGGUAUCCCCUUCAUAGAUGACUACAUCUCUACUCAGGAGCAGGUAGUGGAUUACUUGACUCAGUACUCGGGGAUAAAGCCAGGAGACCUUGAUGCCAAAAUUUCCUCCAAACACCUCACAACUCUCAAGUCUACCUACUUAAAGCUUCGUUUUCUCAUUGACAUUGGAGUCAAGUUUGUGGGGCAUGGCCUGCAAAAAGACUUCCGGGUCAUCAAUCUCAUGGUGCCCAAGGACCAAGUCCUUGAUACUGUCUACCUGUUCCACAUGCCCCGAAAACGAAUGAUUUCCCUGCGAUUCCUUGCGUGGUACUUUCUGGACCUGAAAAUUCAAGGGGAGACCCAUGACAGUAUUGAGGAUGCCCGCACAGCCCUUCAGCUCUACCGAAAGUAUCUGGAACUAAGCAAGAAUGGCACUGAGCCUGAAUCCUUCCACAAGGUGCUCAAGGGUCUUUAUGAAAAGGGCCGGAAGAUGGACUGGAAAGUGCCUGAGCCUGAGAGCCAGACGAGUCCCAAGAGUAAGGCCUGGGAUGGGACAAGGGAAACUGGAUUGGAUGCAGCUGUCUUUUCCUCAGUGCUGGCACUUUGACCUGCCUUCUUCCUUCAGUGUUCUAUGACCCUAGAACUUGAGGAUGGCUUCCCAAGUUGGCUUUACCCUGCCCACUUCCAGAAUUGGACCUGCUCAGGGUCCUCAGAUGGUGCUACUAACUGAACUGGAAUGUAACAAAGUUGUUGCAAAGGUUUUGGGAGCCCGGUUCCUUCUUGAUCCUUUGCAAAACAGUGGGUCAGAAAAAGGAAUCUAGGAUUGACCCAGAUGGAAAGUAACUGGUAUUCUUAAUAAAUAUCAUGAAUGAUUAAUAUCCAGGCAGAAAAGCACCUGGAACCAAAUCUUUUAGUUCCUAGCCGGCUAGGAACUGAAGUCCUGGAUAGUGACAGGCUACAACAGGAGCUCCAGACUUAGCUCAAACUUGAGGGAUGCCUGGAGGAACCAGCAUGUAGUCUUGGCCCUAGCAAACCAGUAUUGCCAACACCAUUGCCAAAAGGCACUUUGGGUCCCGGAGAAAGCUUGACCUGAUGACAACUGAGAAGCAUCUGUCUUCCAUUCAUUUUCCUGUCUCAAGUUUUGUUUUAAUUUUUUUUUAAAUUGUUUUAAACCGCAUGUUUUAUAAAAUAAAAACAAAAAUUAU